UGGCGCUAUACAUACAAUCUUUGAUUUGUUUACACCAUGAUGAAAAAAAGCAGAGAAAUGGAUGCGACCACGAAAAGGAUUUUGAGUAAAGAAGACUAUUUGAAAAGAUAUCUGCCUGGCUACGAAGAAGAGAAAAAAAGGCCUAAAAAGAAGAAAAAAGCAGCAGUUAUAAAACCAAGGACAAAAAUAGUUGAUGAUGAUGUUGAUAUUCGCCAACUAAUUCCAAGCCCAGAGGAAAGAAAUGACGAAUUGUUCUUUGAUGAAGUACCUCAAGUUGCAGAAAUAGUUGAUGAACGGUCAAUUGAGGAGAUUGAACUCGAAAACUUCAGAACAGGAAACAAAUGGCGAAUGAUUGAUGAUGAUGAAGACCAGAUAAAUGUUGGAGGACAGAAUACAAGGCAUGAUAGUGGAUCUGACCAGUCACCUUCAAGGAGAAGGCAAAAUACAAGACAUGAUAGUGGAUCUGACCAGUCACCUCCUCGGAGAAGGCAAAAUACAAGACAUGAUAGUGGGUCUGACCUGUCACCUCCAAGGAGAAGACAAAUUGCAAGACAUGAUAGUGGAUCUGAUCAAUCACCUCCUCGGAGAAGGCAAAAUACAAGACAUGAUAGUGAGUCUGACCAAUCCCCUCCAAGGAGAAAGAAUACAAGGCAUGAUAGUGGGUCUGACCUGUCACCUCCAAGGAAAAGGCAAAAUGCAAAACACGAUAGUGGGUCUGACCAAUCACCUCCAAGGAGAAAGAAUACAAGGCAUGAUAGUGGAACUGACCAAUCACCUCCAAGAAAAAGGCCUGAUGUAAGAUGGUUAAGUUCUACUGACCAUUCACAUACUGCAGAUAACAAAAGGAAAUUUGACAGAAAUCCUAAACUUGAGAAGACUUCAACAGGUCGAGCUGUAGGACUUCAGGAUGCAGCAUCUAUGAAAAAAGAAAAUGAAAAAAGACGUAAAUCUGACAAAGCAGCUCUGAAACGGGUUGACGAUGAGCUCUCUGGAAGGAAUGCUAGUACUGUAUAUCGUGAUAAAAGUGGAAGAAAGAGGGACUUGAAUGUUGAGAAAUUAAAACACACAGAAGAACUGAAAAGAAAGGAGGAAGAGUCAAAACAAUUUCGGGAAUGGGGUAGAGGAGUGGCUCAAACACAGAAACAUAGUGAGGCAGUCAACGACCAUGUUCAUGAAAUGGAAAAGCCCUUUGCAAGAUAUGAAAAUGAUACCGAUCUGGAGUCCAUGCUCAAAGAUCAACAAAGAGAUGGUGAUCCUAUGUUAGCAUUUCUCAAGAAAAAGGCAGCAAAGGUCAAUGCAAAAGGUCAAGUCAAAGAAAAGCCAAAAUACAAAGGACCUGCACCACCGCCAAAUCGAUUUAACAUUCCUCCUGGCUAUCGAUGGGAUGGCGUCAAUCGAUCAAACGGAUUUGAGAAAAAGUUCUUUGAACGUAUAUCAGAUAAAAAGGCAAUGACAGAAGUAAAGUACAAAUGGAAUGUUGAAGAUAUGUGAAUAUUCAAUAAAAAAUGUAAUUAUAUUGCUACGUUGCUUUUCAUGUGUUUUUUUUAUGAUUUAAAAAGUUUCCAAAUAAUUAUGUUGAAAGGACCACUGUCCAUAAAUUUUGUUUAAUAAUUUCAGAGAAACCUUCAGAUGAUUUUCAUUUUUUUAUCUUUCCAAAACUUGUCAACUUUAACAUAGCACAUCUAAUAAAAUACACAGUACAGAUAUUCAAAAACUGCAUGUUUUUAAUGACAAACACAACAUUGGGCAAUAAUGCUUGGCUUCUACCAGCUUAUAUACUCCCAGCCAGAUAUGGCAGCUUCAAUUUUAAGUUUAUUGUUAACAGAAUCAAAAUUUCUAUCCAACGAAGGCUAGUGGUGACCAAGAGCAAAACACUGAUAAGACUCAAGCUAAGCACUCCUCCACCCCCAUGGUGCUGCCACUCCUUGAACCAUGCAAGCCCAAAAAUUAUAGUAUUUAUUUUCAUAAAUGAGGUUGAUUUGUAAAUGGGUCUCCAUCGGGGAGGCAUUGCCCCCCCCCCACCCCAGUCGGGGAGAAAAACACAAUUCAUCGGGGAGAAAAAAAAUUAUAUGUACUUUUUACAUAUUAACACUCUAAAAUCCAUUAAACAAGCCUUUGAAAACCCUAAAUUGUCAUACUUUCGGGGGACUUCGCCCCUGGAUCACUUCCGAAAGGUUUUAGCGACAUUCAACCAUGCCCACUUUUUUCACGUCGGGAACAUCAGACCCUGUCAGGACCUCUCGACCCCCCACUGGGGAAAUCCUGGCACCGCCACCACCACUGUCCAGUAAUACAGGUGUUGCUCAUAUUUUAAUGAAGAAUGAAAAACUGAAUAAAAUGAAUCUAUAAUACUUGCACAGAAAUCAAAAACUAGUUAUCAAGAAUUAUGAUACAGUUUUAAUAUUUAAUGAUAAUCCAUGUUAUAUCAAAAAUUAUGAUGUAAUACUGAUGUGAUCAUGUUAAGAUAAAAAUUAUUUGUUUCUAAAAAA